AUUAAUUUAAUUUUGGGUCGUCGAUUUCGUUUUCGGUACCCGAAAUUCUCAGAGAAAAGAACAAUGAAUAUGAACGCGGUAUCAGUAGUUCCUUCUUCUUCAUCACCGGCACUGAGCGCCGGAGUGAGAGUGAGAUCUUCAUGGGACACUCAACAGAUGCUUCCUUACAAUCCCAAUGCCCCAAGGAAGCUGAAGAAGAACAAACCCACCUCACAACCCCCACCAACUGUUACCUUAUCGACCUCAACCACCCGUACCAUCCUCACCAUCGCCGACCUCCUUAAACGACCAACUCCAGCUCCAGAAGAAACAGCAAAAAAGGAAGAGUUUUAUUUGGGCUACGAGCAAUGGAUGCCUAGUCCACCAAAAGUUCAGAAGCCCAGAUCUGUAUUCAAUGCAGCUUCAUUAGCAUAUAUUGGCGAUUCCAUCUACGAGCUAUAUGCGCGAAGACACUUUUUGUUUCCUCCUCUGAGUAUUGAAGAAUAUAAUGAUCGGGUGAUGGCAGUUGUACGUUGUGAAGCACAAGAUGCAUUGCUCCAAAAACUUUUGCAUGACGAUUACUUAUCGGAACAAGAAAGAAAUGUUCUCCGAUGGGGAAAGAAUAUCAAUUCAGCUAAAACACGAACCAAAAAGCGUGCUGGUGCAGCAGUGUACAAUAGAGCAUCUUCACUGGAAACAUUGAUUGGUUACCUCUACCUGACAAACUUGAAACGUUUGGAAGAAAUCAUGCAAAAGUUGGGAUUCUCUACCGAUUCUUCAAUACAGUUGACAUUGGAUGAAGUAAACGGAGGUGAGCACAAGGAAAGUUGACAUUGAGAGAUCUACCGCAAAAUGCUUAAUGGUGCUAAAAUACUAUAAAAGGCAUAACAUUUGUGUUGUACAGGAAAGCAGGAUAUAGCCUUGAAAUGCACAAAUUAUGAAUCGUUGAAAGUAGUCCCCCAAAUGGUUUAUAAUAUCAUUGCCCUCCCGAAUAGAAGUCUGUUUUAAAAAUGCCCUACUUUAUUUUCCUUUUCAAGACAUGAGAAACUAUAUACACACAUGUUCAAGUUCGUUA